AUGAUUGAGAGUGGUUUCAUUAAGUUGGAUGAUAAGCAGAGUGAAAGCAAAUGUGCUCUUGUGUAUGGUCAAAUGAACGAGCCACCUGGUUCUCAUGCUCGUGUUGGACUUACUGGACUCACUGUCGCUGAACACUUCCGUGAUGCUGAAGGACAGGAUGUGCGUCUUUUCAUUGACAACAUUUUCCGCUUUACUCAAGCAAACUCAGAGGUGUUUGCUUUGGUUGGUCGUAUCCCAUCUGUUGUUGGUUACCAACCAACAUUGCUCUUCUGUCCGGUGCUUUGA